AUGGCGUGGUAUCGCUACCUGCGCUCGCUACUGCGCAUCACCCCGACAAACGAGCAACUCCUCGGUGCACUCCUCCAACUUCCACCUCCUGCCGCAAAAGAGGAGCUGAACCGCCGCGCGACAGCCGCAGUUCUAGCAGAAGUAGCGCGAGCCAAGGUGGACAACAUCACUCGGGCGCGACCCCCGGUCGAGGUCCGCAGAUCGCAAGUCCGCUCGGACUCGGCGGGCUCCGGACUUUUCCUUCGCAGCGACGCUCACGCUGCAAAACCCGGGGACUUGAUUGCUAUCUAUGCGGGUGUUUACACCCCGCCUGCUCCCGAUGUCACUCAUGCCGCGGACGGCACCUCGAUUUUGAUUCCUCUGCCUGCCCUCAGAGAGGAGGGCGCGUACGUGAUCAACCUGCAGGGAGGCGGGUGGAUUUGCGGAGCAGAGUCUGCGUUGCAAGCGAAGAAUAACGCAGCCAAGGGUCUUUGCGCUGGUUGGGCCGUGGCAGCUCUGGCCAAUCACCCUCCCCGUGGCUCCAUUCCAAAUGUAGAGGCGAUCGCUGUUGAUUGGGAUGACGCGAUCAGCGACGCGGUUCGGAAGCACAUCAACCCGAUCACGACUUUACCGUGGUACAUUGAUGAUGGAGUAUCUGUCUUCGUCCCUCAGACUGUGCGUUCUCGCGGAAUCGUAUUCUUGGCGAGUCGUACGAUUAACCCCGGCGACGAAAUUCUCUUCAACUAUCGAUUGAACCCUCAGGGAAAUCUUCCACGGUGGUACGCAGCAGUCCCAGACGAGAUAUCCUGGUCCGUCGUGGACGACGCAGGUCUAGCAGAGAAGAAAGAGACAAAGAGCCAAAAGGACAGGUGGUGGGACCAAGACCACGGAGACUGGGGAGGUGGAUUGCUGAAUUAA